UUUUAGGUGCUACAACAGUAAGUCGUGAAUGGGAGAGGAAAAAUUACUUUAUUGCUACAAUAAAGGAUGCGGUAUAAAGUUCGACCCUGGUGACAACAAUGACAAUUCAUGUUUGUAUCAUCCUGGCGCGCCAUACUUCCAUGAUGCAUAUAAAAUUUGGAGCUGUUGCAAUCAGAAAAGUACGGACUUCAGCACAUGGUUAAGUUUGAAAGGCUGCACCCGUGGACAGCACAGUAAUCAGAAAUCGGUAGGAGAAACGAAACCCGAGAAAUCGGAGAAAAAACAAGCACCGGAAGAGGUAAUCGUUUGGAGUGGUUUGAAUAAACCUGCAGCUAGACACGAUUCUUUGGAGAUAAUGAAAGCAAUAAAGUUCGAAAUAACUGAUGGUGCCUUAAAAAGCGUUGAAAGAUUUAAAUCAGAAAUGAAGGAAGAAGCUGAAUCAGAUAUUCAUAUCGGCGUAUCAUGUAAAAAUCCUGGUUGCGAAAAGGUUUAUGAAGGUGAAGGGAGCAAAAAUGAGAAAUGUAUGUAUCACAGUGGUGUAGCUAUAUUUCAUGAAGGAAUGAAAUACUGGUCAUGCUGUGAGAAGAAAACUUCCGAUUUUAGCAUUUUUCUUGAGCAGAAAGGCUGCACAACAGGAAAGCAUUGUUGGACAAAGAUAGAGCGCGUUGACAAAAUUCGUGAAGAUUGGUUUAGCGGAGGUGGUUUCAUUCAUUUGAAUAUUUACUGUAAAGGAGCAGUACCGGAUUCAUGCAAGGUGGAAAGCAAUGGUCUUAUAUUACAAAUGAAAGUCGUACAUGGUUUCGGUGCAAAAGAGACGCAGCUGAAUUAUGAACUUUUUGGUAGAAUCAAUGUAGAUGCAUCAAAGGUAAUAAUUGGUGAAAGAAAACUGGAAUUAGUAUUAAAACAGGAAGAUGUAGCAAGCUGGCCACGGUUAACGUAUGAUGCAAAAAGCGUUGAUGCAGAAACUAAUUGAUUAUGUUGACUUCCUUAUUUUAUUUUUUUUUUUUUUUGUUUUUUCAGUGAGUUUUAAAUGUCACUGUAAUACAAAGAGCAAGAAAAAGUGAUUGUUUUGAUGUUAUAACGAAGCAGGAUCCGAAUAGUAAGCUGUCAUAUACGUUUCGUACCGAAGUCAAUAUACCACAUUUCGGUUUCCAAUGCCAAUGCAUGUAUUAUUCCUCAUUGUUAUUUACUGUUUCAAUUUUAUGAAUUCAAUGCCUAGUUUUUUGAUUACGUGAACAAUUUAUGGUCCCAACAAAUUUUCUG